GCUACCGAGGAGAAAAACCACCAUCCCCAACCUCUCACUACUGACCUCUCUCUCUCUCUCUAAACCUUUGCUCGUAAACACGAAAACCUUAAUACACACCAGACAAACUCUUCGAUGCUUUAAGGUUGCCGCAAUGGCGACCGACGAGAGAUUAACAGCUUUGAAAAAGGCGUAUGCUGAUAUAAUACUGAACACGGCGAAGGAGGCGGCCGCCAGGAUUAUGGUUUCGGAGCGGAAAGCUCUUCGAUUUCAACACGAGCUGCAGGUGGCUAAAGAAGAAGCGCUUCGGAUGCUGCUUAGGCUUAAGCAGAUGAUGGAUUCAAAGAUUAGUGAAGCAGAGUCGACAUGCUUGAGUCAACAGAAAAAGAUUGAAGAACUUGAAGCUCAACUUCACGAGGCUGAGGAUAUUGUAAGUGAUCUUAGAGGAGAGUUGAGAGAAGUGAAUGCUGAGCUGGAGAGAGUGAAAAGCAACAAAGAAAAUGGAUUCCUGUUGGGUAGACAUAAUAGUGCCACUCAUACAGAAGCAUCUGAGGAGAACAUAUUCUGUACAUCUCCCCCUGUAUUACAUCCUGCAGAAUAUCAAGAUAAACGUGUGGCAGUUUCUGACAUGAAGGACAUGAAUCUGAGUCAGAGAAACGAGGGCUACAAGACUUGUAGCAGAAUAGUUCACAUGGGAAACUCUUAUCUCUCACAUCCGGAUCUACCCUCUAUUAUUUUGAGAAGCAAGGAGCCUGAGCUGUAUCGGAAUGGAUGUACACAAAGGAUUCGUGCCUGUGAAGGAAACCCGUUAGGCACCCUUUCAGGGAAAGUAGGAAAAAGGAAAACUGAAACUGAUGGCAAAAAUGAUGACAAUACAGAAGUCUCUGCAAUGCCUGUUCAUAAGGUUGAUGGUAUGGAUGAUACUGAGAAGAAAGUUUUCUUCAAAUCUUGUCAUAGGAAAAGAAGAAGGGCAAACAGAUUUUGGAAAAAUAGAGUUUCUUUAGAUGGAAACCUUCCUGAUCUUUCACCGAAGAUGGAUGGAGAACCAAAUAAUUUUUGUUUGAGGCCUCAUUCAGGUCCAGUUAAUGACCACGAGACGACUCCAAUAUCAUCAUCAUCAUCAGAUGGAGUUGAACCCGUGAUACUUCCAGCAAGUGCCAAGAUUUCUGGAAACAAACCUGAGCUUGCCGAGCCUUGUGGUGUUGAAAUUCCAGUUUUUGAGUGUGAGGGAUUGACAGAAAAGAUGGAGGCUCCAGGGCAGGAAAGUGGAUCUACAGGAAGUUCAGGGAUCACAGUGCUUAAAUCAGAUAUUGAAGAAGUUGAUGUCCAAUUGCUGCAGUCAGGUUCAAAGAUAUCUGAUGCUAAUCUACCUAGUGAUAGAAGUUUCAAAUAUACAUUCCAGAGAAAGCGGAGAAGAGGAGCUUCUAGAGAAUUUGAGGAUGCUUCUAUACAAAAUUGUGGUGUGGAGACGAAUGAAGAGAAAGAAAACGUUCCAAAAUUGUCAGCAGAAUCAUCUCGAGAUAGUCGACGAAUGGCACAGGUUGCUCGUCAGCUCAUAUCAUUGUCGGAGAAGAAGUGGUGGCAGUGAAUAUAAGAAACGCCCUUGUCUCUACUCUUCCAUGGGAAAGCAUGCAGAUGGGACGGAAAGUGUCGCGAAACAUUUAUGAUCCAGGAUUUAAGUUCCUGGUGAGGAGUGAAAAGCUAAAGCUGUGAUGAUGAAAUGACAGUAGUUAUAUAAGUAACUGAUGAUGUUAAUUGCAUGACAUCAAAUAUGUUGAGUAGCAUGGUGCCAUACAUUGUUGUGAGGCUUCACAUUCUGUGGAAGUAUAAACCUUUUUUUUUUUUUUUUUUUGUCUAGUUUUGUGUUAAUCGAAUAUAUUUCUACAUAUUAAUCCUAAGUACAUUUCCUUUUCCUUUCA